AUGAAAGUACUCCUUCUUCUGGGGUUCAUCUUCCUCACUAUGGCUGUCCAUGGUAAGAAAAUGGAAAGAUGUGAAUUUUUCAAAACAAUGAAUCAACUACGUGUGGAUGCACUCCAUGAUGCCGUCCUGGCUAGCUGGGCGUGUUUAGCAGAGACAUUGAGCAAUUUGAACACCACAGCCAUACACUACAACCCUGAUGAUAAAAGCACUAAUUAUGGGAUAUUUCAGAUCAACAGUCACUUCUGGUGUGAUGACGGCAAGACACCAAAUACAUUGAAUAGGUGUGGAGUCAAUUGCUCAGAACUUCUGGGAGAUAACUUUGUUAAAGCAGUAAACUGUGUGAAAAAGAUUGUAGCUGAAGAAGGCAUUAAGAGAUGCCACUACAAGCUCCACCAUGCCAGCACCCCUGCUCACUCCAGGACCGCCAUCUAGAACUGUGAUCAAGAUCCAAGCAC